AUAUCCAUUUCUUCCUAGACCAGGUGAUAGGUUUGAUCGAGACAGACCGCUGAGAGGACGUGGAGGCCCGAGAGGGGGUAUGCGCGGCAGAGGCAGAGGUGGCCCCGGGAACAGAGUUUUUGAUGCUUUUGACCAGAGAGGAAAGCGAGAAUUUGAAAGAGCAGUCAGAACUGAAGACAACAUGGGUGGAUGUGGAGUUCGAACCUGGGGAUCAGGCAAAGAUACCAGUGACGUGGAGCCGACUGCACUGAUGGAGGAACCCACGGUGGUGGAGGAGGCCCAGGGCGCCCCGGAAGAGGAGUCUCCAGCCAAAAUUCCUGAGUUGGAGGUAGAAGAAGAAACCCAAGUUCAAGAGAUGACUUUAGAUGAGUGGAAAAAUCUUCAAGAACAGACCAGACCAAAGCCUGAGUUUAACAUCCGGAAACCAGAAUCCUCUGUUCCUUCCAAAGCAGUGGUGAUUCACAAGUCAAAAUAUAGAGAUGAUAUGGUAAAAGAUGACUAUGAGGACGAUUCCCAUGUUUUCCGGAAACCCGCCAAUGACAUCACAUCCCAGCUGGAGAUUAAUUUUGGCAACCUCCCUCGUCCCGGGCGUGGAGCCAGAGGAGGCACGCGGGGAGGCCGGGGAAGGAUCAGGAGGGCAGAGAACUAUGGACCCAGAGCAGAAGUGGUGAUGCAAGAUGUCGCCCCCAACCCGGAUGACCCCGAAGACUUCCCUGCGCUGUCUUGAAAGAGCCUGUGUCCCGGCACCGCGGAGCCGUGUUGCACACCCGUGGAGGCUUUUCCGGCUGGGCCAAGAGAAUCGGACUCUGAGAACAAUAGAUGUUGCUUUUCCCAUGUUGUGUGAAUUUGUCGCACUUUUUCGGGCUGGGCUGUUAGAGGGGCUUCUCCAGAGGCUUGAGAGCAGGCCCUUUCCCAAGAAGGUGAAGAAUGGUGACUGUGUUUUUACUGAAGGAAUUUCAAAUGAAGUUCAGUAAUAAUGUGUAAACUGUGUACAUAAGAGAUAGUAUAGACUCCUCCGCGGGAGUGUGGAGGGAAAGGAGGUUGUCAAAUAGACUCCACGGAGACUCUUAGGAAGCAGGAGAUUCCCGGAGGCUGUGCCUUUAGCAUAAGAGGAAACGCACAGAACUGGAACUGUUCAUGGAAAGCAGUCACAGCUGAGUUUUCAGAGACCAAGAAAUUAAAAUACAAUUGUACUUACUGUUUACUUGUAAAUGUUAUCUACUCUCCUGGAAUAUUUUCCUUUCUGGUUUUCACUUAACCAGUCAUUUAAAAAUCGCUAUCGUGUAGCCACUGGCCACCACUCUGUGACACAGAAUCAGAGAAAGUGUUGAUUUUUAAUUGUGAUUUAAACUACCUCCUGGUUUCUGUGUGUGUGCACACACACAGCUAGUGUUUGGGUGGUUUUUAGGAAGAAUAUUGAGUAUAUGACUUUAAAAACCAUCUUAUUUAACCUGCCAGUCAAAUGGAAAGGGACCAUGGCAAAAGCAAAUACUGCAGCCUUUUCUUCUGCAGAGCUAGUGUCAGUUUGGCAGCUGUGUACAAAGGCCUCCGCCUUUGGCUUGGGCAAAAGUUGUAAAUAACUAGUAUUUAUUAAGCACUUAUGAGCAGUUUUUCUCACUCAGUCCUGGCCCCAGUUCUAGAGUUCCUCUUUAUGGCUUUUGGUGAAAGUUUGGGGUUGGGGGUGCACCUCAGAGGUUCAGUAAUUCACCUGGAGUCCCCCGCUGAACAGAGCUGGACCCAGAGCCACACGCCCAAAAGCACACACUGUGCUGGGGAGGACGUGGGCCUAGGAGGGCCUGCAGGUCCAGGCAGCUGUAGAGCUGCUAGAAGCUGGGGUGUUGCUCUCCCUGCUUUCCCUGUUGUCACACAGUUCGUAUGCUCGCUUGAGAUGGAAUCUGAACCUCGGUCCCGGGAUCUGUGCUUUUUCCCACCUUGCCACACUGUCUCAGGUGGCUUUGAACUGGAAGCCACGUGCAAAUAAAGGUUGGUAUUCGCUCUUGA